AUGGCAAUUCCUGAUGAAGUAUUUGAUCUUGUUUCAAAAGUUUCGAAUGGAAAUGGAAAUAUGGCGGAUUAUGAACGCAUUUGUUUGAUUCUAUCUAAUCUGACAACUACAGAACUGAGUUCUGUUUUUCAAAAAUGUGAUAUUUUAAAAGCAUUGAUGUCAAUUGAUUUACAUGACAAACAGUCUGCUCAAAUAGCGAUUAAAUUAGCUUCCAUUGUAUUCUCCCUCAUACCUUUAUUUGACUUUGUCCAAUCUCAUCAAGAAGAAUUGCUUUUAAUACUUGGAUCGACGAAACUCGAUUUGAUUGAAUUUAUUUUGAAAAGGCUAAGAGCUGGUGUAAUUGAACCUAGUUGUUCAGUAGACAAUCUACCGGAAUGCAUUUUAAAGUCAAUAACUAGAUUAGUUCUUCAUGAAAAACUUUCUUUAUCCAUGGAAGCCCAAAAUUUCCUGAUAACUUUGGCUACAAAAUGUCCACUUGGUCUAAAAAGCGUUUUAGGGCCCAAUGUGGUCGGUGCAUUAAGUCCACUGUGUUCUAAAUCUGAACAUUUAAUACGAGUUUCUGAAUUUGCUGUACAUCUAGUUUCCAAACAACCUGAAGUGUUCAAUGAUGUUGAAAAUUCUGGUUUGUUUCAACCUAUUUUGGAUGGUUUAAAUUCAAGAGAUCCUCUAGUUCGCUUGAAUUGGUUAGAAUUAGGGAAAUCGCUGACUAUUUCAGAGACUGGCUAUCACUUUCUGAAUAGAAAAGGUGUGUUCUCUAGAUUAUUGGACGAUUUGUAUUCUUCUUCUUCGGAUCCAUCAGGUGAUUUACUACUUCCAGGAUACAUUGGAUUUUUUGGUAGUCUUGCUGAGCGAAACCCUGACCAUUGGUUAGGGUCAAAAAGCGAUGGAAGGUUUAAGAAUGUAUUGUCAGAUGCGGUCGAUAAUAAUGCUAUGGUGGCAUUUGAAUCUAUUAGCUGUAUAGCGACUACACCAACAGGUCGGAUUACCUUAGAUAAGUUAUUUGCUAAAGGUGGCUCAUUUGAUAAUGUUUUGAACAAGCUUUUUGUAUUUAUUUCCAAUUCACCAACUGAGAUAUGCACUCGAGCUGUCGAAUGCUAUAGUUUUCUUCUACGUCGACCUGAUGGGAUAGAUUCAGAAGGCUUAUUUGCCGAUGCUGUACUUUCUCUUAACUGGGCAAUAAUUUCUUGUCAAAAAAGCAUUGAUAUAACGAAUUCCAAUUCAGUCGAAGAUAAAGAACUAUUGAUUGCUCCACUACUGAAACGCCUUUAUGCUCUUGCAACUCAACCAUUUUUUGAGGUGCGUGUAGCAGUAUUCAAAGCUAUCGAUGCGAUCGUAACGCAGCCCUGGGGAGUUCGACAAAUAACACGACAACCCGGAUUUUUCGAAUAUUUGCUUAAUCGUCAAACGGAACUGGGAUUUCCAGAUAAAAUAAAACUUGUUCAAGCCAAAUUAGACAUUAUGAACAAUAUGCUGAAAACAUACAAAGUAUGGGGUUGUAGUGAAUGUAAAUCAUUCCAGAAUUUGAUUGACAGACAACAGUUGAAACUAAUACAGCUUUAUAUAAAGGAAGGAUUAUGGGGUGUUAUAAAAUCUGAGGCUGCGGUGGCUCUUGAACCUGGUUAA